CUGAAUAGCAUAACCCGCCAUCUUGUAGUAACUCCUCUACGUGCGUGGAAGAGUGACUUCAAAGGGGAUCCAGUCACGUAUUUUCUUUCUUUUAUUAUUUUUUUUUAUAUAUAAGUGAGAAGGUUGGAUCCCAAGUUAAAUCUGGCUUGUUCGUAUUUUUUUUUAUUAAUCUCAGCCGUUGUUUCUGGACUCGACGAUACAAGGAACAGAGAUGAGCAUCGAAACGCUGUUAGAGGCGGCGAAGUUUUUGGAAUUGCAAGCCCAGCAACAACAGAAAACACGUGAAGAAAAUGAGCUUCAGGAAAAGCGGCGUUGUGAACAGGAGGCGGAGAAACGAAAAGUAGAAGUGAACUCUUAUGGUCAACCAGUACGAAUUAACCACAUGACCCGAGUGGAGGACUCGGGUCCAGAGCAUCGCCUUGUAACAGCACCGGCCCCUCCUCCUCCCCCUACCAUGCCUUUCACCGUCAUCCCCAUCACAGUGGUAUCCUCCACACCCUCGGCCCUCCCCACGCCCCCCACCACAGCUAUCAGCCCCACCACAGCGUCCCACCUGACUCCACCUAGAAAAGAUGUCCACACACUCCUAAACCAGCAGACACUUCACCAGCACAACCUCAUCUCGUCUCAGGUGAAGGCAGAGCCCACAUCACCCUGUCAGUCCAAUGGCACCAAACAUUCCCCACCCCAACCGCUUCAAACCUAUCCCGGCUCUUUCAUCAAUGCUUCCCAGCAUGCACUUCUCCCCCAGCCUGGACCCCCUUCAGCCCAACCCAGCCCUACAGCCAGUGGCAGCUCACCCGAUGACCAUCGUAAUUUGGAUGGGAAAAAAAGACCUGGAGGGGCAGGAACAAGAGAAGUACAUAACAAACUUGAAAAGAAUAGACGGGCUCAUUUAAAGGAGUGUUUUGAAACCCUUAAGAAGAAUAUCCCAAAUGUUGAUGAAAAGAAGACGUCUAACCUAAGCGUUCUGAGAAGUGCUCUGAGAUACAUUCAGACUCUGAAAAGGAAGGAGAAAGAUUACGAGCAUGAGAUGGAGCGGCUGGCACGGGAGAAGAUCGCACUGCAGCAGAGAUUGGCCGAAUUGAAAAAUGAGCUGAGUCAGAGAUUGGAUGUGAUUGAGAUCGACCGUGUCCUUCGACAGACUGUCCAACCUGAUGAUGACCAGGCCUCUACCUCCACUGCUUCAGAAGGUGAAGACAACUUUGAUGAUGACAUCGAAGACGACAGCUUGUCAACCACGCCCAAUGCCUUACCCAAAGUGCCUUCUGCAUUCCAGCCAGAGUUAAAAAAGCCCCGGCCUGCCUCUUCCUUCCUAACACAGCACAUUUCAAUCCAACAAAAGCCGUCUUUGACAUUACCCCCCAUUUCUCCAGCUCAGCUGUCCCCUGCCGGCCCAAUCACGGCUCCUGCUUUGUCCCCAACACCAGCGCAGGCCGCCAACGGUCCAACCUCCAUUCCGGCCAUCCAGCAGCCACAUGCGGUGACCAUACCUGCGGCCCACACCCACAUCAUGACAGCGCCCAGCCUCCAGCCUACCGUAAUCACCCACGCGGGAUCGGCAUCGCACGCCUCUGUCAUACAGACUGUCAACCAUGUCCUUCAGCCGGGCUCCAAGCAUGUGGCUCAUAUUGCCCCCUCCACCUCCAGUUCUGUGCAGCUGACACCUGGACCUCAGACUAUAAGCCACAUCACAGUACACCCUGUGGCCCACCUACCUGCCAUCUACCCUCAGCCCGUGGCAGUCACACAGCCCACCGUCAUGGGCCACAUCGCACACACGUUCUCUCACGGCCAGAUGAACGGCACGUCUGCCCCCAGCACGCCGGCCGCCAUGGUUAGCAAGCAGACGGCGGUGGGUGCUCAAGUGGUUACGCAUCAUCCUCAAUUGGUCGGCCAAACUGUCCUUAACCCGGUCACCAUGGUGACCAUGCCCUCAUUCCCAGUCGGCACGCUAAAGCUGGCCUGAAGCGAAUUGGAUUAUCGACACUUGUGGUCGAAAGGCGAUGCCCCCCUCCCUUAUGCAGCCACAAGCUGCAUUGCAAUCAAAUGAACUAUAAACUUACAGGACUCAGUACAUUCCAAAUGACAACAAAGUAUAUAAAGACUCUAUAAAGACUCAAAACAAAGAAAUUUAUUGAAUGUCUAUUGCUAUAUAAUGAUAUAUAUAAUAAAAGACAAAAAGAAUUACUAUCUUUAUGUGUGGAUUAAGCCAGAGCUUGAUGUCUACAGUGCUUGUGUGCUGCUUGGUGUACGUAUUAGACUAGUAGGGUGAAUUAUGAAGAAUAUUUCAUGGUCCGAUCCCAGUUUAAAGCGACUUAACGGUCUGACUGCUGGUUUAAAUGACUAAAUAAUACCUCACAAUGAACUUCUCAGCUAACAGGACACCUCGUACAUCUUUCUCAGAGUCUGCUAAACCGGUAAAGCAGGUGUAAAAUGUUGUCUAGCAUAAACAGAGAUAUUUUACUCAAGAUGCGUCACUGCUUUUGCUUUGAAUGGGGGAGAUGGCAGCCAAAGUCCCGCCUUCCAGUAAAAAUAGCCAAACUUUUCACAUCCCCUAAUAUUGCUGUCAAAUAUGAAAAUGGUGAAGAUACGAUGUAUUCAAGAACCAUGCUUGUGAUGUCCAGUGAUGAAUAUCGGUGAAUGAUUUGUGUUUUCUACACAAAGUAUCACAUGGCUUCAGAAGAUGCUAAAUGUAGUGCACUACAUUUAUGGAUCACAUACAUGAUACCUCCGUAGUGCUUUUUGGAGUUCACUGUGGUCACUAUUACCUGUUCUUGUAGAAAAAAGAUCAAUGUGAAGACUAUUUUUAGUUUAGUUUAGUGCGUUACAAAAAGCACUUUUUAAUGCAGUGGUUCUCAAACUUCAUUUAUCAUAAAUUCUGUGGUUUAAACCUCAGAAAAAUUAGGCUGCUUACCAACACCACUACAUUGUGUCAUUUAAUAUGUUUUGUUUAAUUCAAUUUAUACGUUUUGGAAUGUUUUAUGUCAUACAUCUUCUUUGGGGGUCCACGAAGUUAUACACCGUACACAGGGUGGGCCGCACAGCAAAAAUGUUUGAGAACCACUGUUUUAAUGAACCGUUUCUUUGAUAUCAACGCACCUGUUCGGCCUUCACCAUGUUUGAAAACUAUGUACUCGAUACCAAACUAUACAGCAUCAUUAUCAGUAGUCUGCUUCUUUGUGAAAUGAUUAUUUUGCAAAGUUUACAUCAUUUGGUUGUAGUACUUCAGCUGAUGUUGAGCCAUGCUGUGUAAUUGAGAGGGAGUCUGACAGCUGUGCCUUUGACGAUUUCAAUCAGCAGUCCUGUUUAAUGCUGCACCGCCCCCUUGUGUUCUCCGUUUGGAACUGCACUCAUUCAGAACACGUUCUGAUUUCUAAGUUAUUUCGUAACAAAUCUAUUUAAAUCUAAAUAAAUGGUAUGUGAAUUGUGUAGAAGUGGAAACCAUUAGUUGCAAGCAAAUGUUGAAAAGAAUUUCUCGAUGUCAAUACGAAUGUAUUCCAGCAUUCAGAAGUGAGACUUCAAUGUCUCAUCUUGUCACUGGAGAUAAAUGUUGGUUUGUUCUGGGCAGUUUGUUUUCUUUAGGAUACAUGUAGCAGAUCUCUCUCUCUCUCUCUCUCUCUCUCUCUCUCUCUCUCUCUCUCUCUCUCUCUCUCUCUCUCUCUCUCUCUCUCUCUCUCUCUCUCUCUCUCUCAGCAUUUGACUAAUGUUUCUUUGGAGCUGGAAGGUGGAUGUAUGUCACCUUGAAUAUUUUUGGGUUACAAAGGCAGACUUUUUAAUCAAACUGACAGGCUGCUACACAUGUCUAGGUAGAGCAUACUGUGUGUACAAAGAGAUUUAAGAUGAACAACACUGUGAUGUAGUUCAGCUGUCCCUUAUGAGCGAAUCAGGUUUACACAUCCACCUAGUGUUUUAUAGUGCAUUUGUUUUGCGUUCACGAGUGUGUGUAGUAUGUGUAAGUGAAAACAUAAAAGUUAUUUUGUUUGAGAGAUUUUAUUUUCGUGUAUUUACACACUAGACUGUAAACGUCUUUAGAUGAAUUCUUAGAUGUAUGUUUUCGCAUGUAGAUGGAUGAUUUCUCUUUUAGUGCUAACUUUUAAUAUAUGUUCUUUUAGAUCUAUGGGACCAUGUACAGUACCAUGUCGGGGCAACUUUUCAGACCUCUUUCCACACUGAUAUUACGAAUAUAUAUUUGCAUAUAUAUAUUUAGUGUUUUUCCCUAUGGAGAAAGUUGUGUAUAUAGCCUGUAAAUUUGGGGCUGCAUAUAGGUCUGACAAUAACUGUCCAAUAUAUUAUAAAGGAGAUUAAAGUAAAUAAGAAGACAAAUGCUAAAUAAAAAUAAAU